AGCGUCAGGGGUCCGCCGGGUCCCCGGACUCUCCCUGGUGCUGCUCGCGUCUGCUAUGAGGGCGCAGGGUCGGGAGUCCUUUACCCUGGGCAGGUUGGCUUUGGGGGUCUUCUAGGGGACCCGCCAGAUGCCCCAACGGUGCUUGGGUUGUAAGAACAGACCCGUUGCCGCAUCCCGACUUUGCAGCCGUGAGAGGGGCGACAGGCCUCUCCAGCGGCCGGGGAACGCCUCUGCUGGGUGGGUGCCGGCGGCGGGCUGAGGGCAGGCACGACAGAUGGGGCCCCAGAGCUGAAUUUCCCCAGGGGGUGUCUGACCAGAAUCCACUGGGCCAAGCAUGCUUUCUUGUUUUACCAGCGGGCAUUGAGCGCCUGCCGUGUGCCGGGUCCUGUACCCAGUGGUGGGUUUUAGGAAAACCCAGGAGAUCGUGGAAAAUCCUGGCAGGUCCUAUUUCUCUUUGAGAGCCGCACCCCUGAUCCUUCCUGGUUCUUGGAUACCCUGAGGGGCCACAGCACUGCCCUGUAGGCUGCAGGGCUCCAAUUUGUUGAGUCCUGCAGAGGAUUCUUCCCUUCAGAAGCUGUCCUUCCCUAACCGCACUCCCACGUGGGGAAGAGGCCCUGAGCUCCCCCAUCACAGCUCAGUCCACCCCCGGAGGUGGCCGGCGCAGUCACUGCCUCUCCUUCUGGACUAGAAGCUCCUGGGGCAGACGCUGAACCGCCUGCUAAGGGUGUUUCAGGUACCACCAGCCACUGGUGAGCAGCUGAGCUUUGGAGAGAGGUUAGGUGACUUACCCAAGGCCAUACGGCUAUUUACACUGCCGGCUAUUUACACUGCCGUGUACGGAGUGGCUCCUGCCCAGCUCCUGACCUCUCCAGCACCCAGCAGUCCCUGUGUGGUAGGUGAUCUGUCAAUGUUCCCAAAGUGGAUGGAUGUCAUUGGUCUUUCAUCUGGAGGCAACAAGGCUGUGUGUCCUGGGUUGUGAUGGCUACUUGUCACUGUUCAGCCCUGACCCAUGGGGACCCCAAUGCUGCUGUACCACGCAGCUGCCCCCCAACACCCCAGGUCUCACCGACAGGCCUAGACUCCCGUGGCUUCCUGUUUGGUCCCUCCCUGGCCCAGGAGCUGGGCUUGGGCUGCAUUCUCAUCCGGAAGCGAGGGAAGCUGCCAGGCCCCACUGUGUGUGUCUCAUACGCACUGGAAUACGGGAAGGUGAGAAGGCUGGGGGCUGCCUCUGUGGACCCUCCAUUCCCAAAAGGAGAGUCGUGGACUCCAGUGGAGCUGCCGUGGUUGGUUGGAGUGGACAUGGGAACUCAGAGAGGCUGAGAAGUUGGGCCAGGCUGGCAGAGCCAGGAGACAGGGCUGAGCUGGAGAUCCAGAGGGACGCCCUGGAGCCAGGGCAGAAGGUGGUGGUUGUGGAUGAUCUGCUCGCCACUGGCGUACGAGUGACCCCGGCCCCAACCCCGCACCAACUGGAAAAGAGGAUCAGCCUGGGCGGCUGCAGCGACCCCCGCUGGCCACCAGGGGGACCAGAAGUCCAGCGGGGGGGACUUAUGCGUCUGUGGCUAAGUGGUUUUCUGCUGAGCGGGGCUGCUGCCUGCGGGGGCCUGCUGGGGCUUCUGGAAGCCCCAAGGCCUGGAGCUGCAGGCUCGUUGACAGUGGGAUGAGAAUGAGAAUAAAUGACUUUCUAGA